AUGUGGGUAACUGUACAUGACAUUGAUGACAACCCAUUUGAGAGCUCUUUUGGGCUUCAAGCCAAACGCUCUGGUGUAUGGACACACAGAAAGCUGACAAGUAUGACAAACUUUGUUCAGUGUACACACACACACACACACAGAAAGCUGACGAAUUCGAAAAAACUUUGAAUUUACAUAAAGCAACAUGAAGGCAAUUAUGAAGUCAAGACUAUGAAUAAUAUUCAUAUGGCGCAGGUGCAGAAAAUGUAAAUAACAUUUGUGCAUAACAAUGAGAGUAUUAUAAAGAAACAGAAAGCUGAGUUUAACAACAAGAACAUUGACACCUGUGGAAACAUUUGCAAAAUUGUAGUUUAUUUUUUGCUGUAUAUGAAAAACAAUUAAACAGCAUUUUGUCGUUGUAUGAGUUGAUAAGUUAUAAGCGAUCGAAUAUCUAAAAAAAAAUUAUGUUCAUGUAAUGAGGUGUUUAUGAUCAUCGACAAUAUUCUUCAGCUGUAAAGGAAAAAGAUAAAGUUCAUUCCAAAAAUUAUGGAUAAUUUCUUCACAAAGUUAAGGCAACAAACUAGAGGCAUAAUCGAUAAUCGAUCAUUUAAUGGAGGAAACUCAAGAGGUGGCUCUCCUACAACAAAUUCACCUCAGAAGCUAAAUCCAUUUGGCAUGAGCUCUCAAACCUCAAGAAAUCAUGCAAACAAAAGAAACAAAAUUAUUCUUGUCAUUGAUACGCCUGAAACUGACUGGACAUCAAUUUUCAAACUUCGACAAUCUUAUCAACAUUUAGAAGGCAUAAGAGUGGAACAAGCUGAAUUUUCAGAACUUAAUCUUGCAAGUUAUUCUGACUCUGGUACUGUUUUUGACAUCCAAGUGAAACGUCAAGGAACUAUUGUCGUCAGGUCUUUCCGUCCUGAUUUUAUUUUAAUACGUCAAGCAGUUCGAGGUAUUAGCUCUAGUGAAGAUUGGAGGUCUCUAAUAUUUGGAAUGAAAUAUGGAAAUAUUCCUAGUAUAAACUCUUUGGAGUCAGUGUUUAAUUUUCUUGAUAAACCAUGGGUGUUUGCUCAUCUACUUCAAAUUCAGAGAAAAUUGGGAAAAGAGGUCUUUCCUCUCAUUCCACAGGCAUAUUAUCCAAACCACAAAGAAAUGUUGAUAACGCCGAAAUUUCCGGCGGUUAUAAAAGUUGGUCAUGCCAAUUCGGGUUACGGAAAGGUGUGUGUCCAAAAUCACAGAGAUUUCCAAGACAUCUCAAGUCUUGUUGCUGUUGCUGACACUUACGCAACAACGGAACCUUUUGUUGAAGGAGUAUAUGAUGUUCGAAUUCAGAAGAUUGGAGAAAACUACCGAGUUUUUAAGAGAAAAUCUUUGUCGGAUAAUUGGAAAACCAACAUGGGUUCAGCCGUAGUUGAAGAAAUUCAACUCACAGAACGGUAUAAGCUUUGGGCUGAUGAGAGUGCAAAGAUGUUUGGUGGUUUGGAUAUUCUGUGUGUAGAAGCAAUACAAACUAACGAUGGGCAAGAGUAUAUCAUUGAGGUCAAUGAUACAGGAAUGAAAUUAUUCAGUGAAACCAAAGAUGAAGAUACAGUGCGAAUUGUUGAUUUGACUCUAAAACGUUUGAAAGAAAAAUUUCCACCCUUAUUAGAAACCACAAGUAGUAAAAUUGCAUGAAAAUCUUUACAGUCAGGUAAAAUGCAGAUGUAGCUACAAGGUGUCAAGGAAUUCAAAUUGCAACGCACCAAUAUAUCUUUAACAUACUUUAAAA